UCAGCCUAAAAACGUGAAUUAUUUAAUUUGCUUUUUAUUCGUUUGCUGUUUAGAUUGUUGCAAAAACAAUGCGGUUAGCUAUUUUUUGUAUUUUGUUUAUGUUUAUCAAGCACACAAUGCCUGGAAAUUUAGUUUUACCACUCAGCGACUCAAAAGCAUUUGUUUUUCAACGAUUUAUGGCUCCGUGUUAUAAGAGAAAACUGCAAACACGUUAUGAAAAUCUGAAAUUCUACACGACUGGUGCACAAAAUGGGAAAUUUACCUUCGACUAUGAUUUUGUUGUUGAUAAUAAUAUGAAAACCAAUCUGCUACUUUUUAAAUUCAGAAGAUGCCCGAAUGCUGAAAGUUUAGAUGCGUGUACAGCGUUUCCAACCAUUAAGGCGACGAAUUUUUGUGGUUUGAUGACUUCGGAGAAAGAUGUUUGGUCCCCGAUGAUGAUGUGUGCUACGCCAAGGAUUAGCUGUCCCUAUAAAAAGGGCAUCUAUCGUGGCAGAAAUUGCAGCGUUGAUAUGGAAGCCUUCAAAUUCUUUCCUCUUGGAGCUUCUUACUGGCAUUUGGAGGCGGAAAUAUUAGACGAUAAGAAGGAAUCCGUCUUUUGUUUGCGUUUUGCUGGAUAUAUUUCCAGAGUAUAAGGACAUGCUGCUAUUAAUAAUGCUAAAUUAAUCAGAAAAUGUUUAGUAACAUGAUAAAUGUAAAGAUGGCUACAAAAAUACUGUAGUAUAAUAGAGAGGGCAUUGAAUUCAAGUUUCACAUACCAUGAACUUGAAAUUACUUACCGCUAAAUCGGUCUAACAAUGAAUAUCUCUUAAUCAAUAUAAGUAUACUGAUAUCUAGAUAUUCGGUAACUCUAUAUCUAAUAUUAAUAAGCUUCUAUUUAUUCUACCAUGCUUUGGCUGAAGCAAACUACGGAGCACUACUGCUUAAUCACAUAAAACUGAUUCGUCAAACAAAUUAAUUUGACAAAAGCUUAUUUCAGAUAAAGAGACGCUUUAAUCAAAUAGAAGACAGUAAUUAAUGUCCACUAACCUUUUAAUUUACUUGAUAAUUUACUUGAAUGCACUUCUCUGAACGGCACUGAACAUCUUUCUAUACGUGCUUUCACUACAAUGGCGAAAAAGAUAAAUUUCUGCGGUUAGUUCGUUAAUUUAGCGGGAAUUAUUUUCUUCUUUUCGGUGAAGGUGCUGCCAUCUGCUGGCCAAUUAUACAAAUAGCCCAAGAACAUAAAACUGACAUAAACAGCCGUUGAAAAACGUUUGGUUACAAAUUCCUCUGCGGUUUUGCUACACAGUUUUUAUAAGAUUUACACUACUUUAUUAUUAAAUAAUUAUAUACGUUCAUUAUUAAAUAAUGGAUUCGUUUUAUGACCAACCGAGACGCGCACCAAUACCCAGAGGAUUGUCAUCAACCACAGACAGAAUACCUUCUGUACCAAGUGCAGUUCCUGAUGUUUCAAUGCUGGUACAAAACAAAGGAAACAUUCCACAGAAAAAGUCAGAAAUGUCAUACAAUGCUUGGAAAUAUCAACUACGAGGUGGUGCAACCAAUAAAGAAAAUACAGAACCAUCAAAAGAGAGUUUAUUUCGCAAACAAGUGCGAUUUGAAGCGCCACAAACCACAAAUGUAGGUCAACAUGUGCCUAAUUUUAAUGUCCUGCCAGUAAGACCCAGUCUAGUUAAUAAACAAUUCAAUCAAGAAGUGAAACUGCAGAAAACAGUUCAGAAUCAACCAGAAACUGAGAGAUUUGGCAUGCCCAGAAGUGGUGUAGAGAACAAAAUACUCCAAGCUAAACCAUUCGAGAAGAUAUACAUGGCAAAUGUGCCAAAUAGAAAUUUAGAUUUGAGUGUUAUCGAACCACCAAAGCACUGGCAAACUUUACAAAGAAGUAAUUCAGCACCAGAAAGAUUUCACAAUGUUUUGACACAAACCAAUGCAGAAUCAACUACUUUAGAGUUAAAUAAACCACAAACACAACAAGUUGUACCAGUUGUUGAGAAGUCUGAUGAUGAACCAACUGUUAAAGAUUUAUUAAAGAUAAUCCAACAACAAAAUGAACAAUUAAUGUGUUUGCAACAACAGGUAACUACUUUGUUAAGGGAAAGAAGUCAACAGCCGCAAAUUGAAGCAAACAAUGACAACUGGCAACAACCAGUAUUUAAAAACAAAAUAUUAGAUAAUGUUCUACAAGGACAAACACAUCCUGCAUCUCCAAGAGGUAAUAAAUUUGCAAUUGAUGUAAUGACCAGCUUUGAAGUGUCUAUUAGAGCACCAAAUGUAAAUCGGUUCAACGCGAAAAGAUUUCCUGCGAGUAACGAAGCGAAAAUAACGGAAAUCUUAGACGAGAGCAGUAAAAACUGCAAAACUGAUUUGUCUCUGAAACUGGAUGAACCUUUGAUUGUACAUGAAAGGUGUCCAAGUCCAGAGAAUAGCAUACACGUUGAUAUGAAAGAUUUUAGUUCAGAUGAGGAAGAAGAACAACAACAGGGUGUAGUUGAUAAUUCAAUGAUUGGGUGGACAAUUUACAAUAAUGUAAUGGACCAGGUUAACUUUAUGUUGAAGAAAUCAGCGCAGAAUCAGCCAAACACACAAAAUCAACAAUAUACAGGCGUGAUUAUGAAACAAGUGAAAGAUGCCACACUUAAACACCUUCAGAGUGUUGGUGUUGACUUGAAUAAUGUUGAUGAUGAUAUUACAAUUUCAACUGAUGCUGCAUAUACGCCAACACAAGUUAGUUUUGCCGUAAAACAACUCCUCAUGAAAUAUUUACCUGAUGAUCAACUAGCUAAAGUCGCUGCAAAAUCAAAACCCAAGAUAAUAAACAAUAAUCCGAAGAAUUUAAUCAAAAGACGUCCGGAUUUCUCAAUGGCGACUGUGCAAUACAUGGAAAAGUAUAAUCUAUUGAAUCAAGAGCAUAAAACUCAAGAAAAUGGAAAAUUUACAAGAAAUCCAAGACCUGUGCCUUCACCAAGUGAUAAAAUGCUAGAUAUAACUGCACUUAAACAACAACCGAAACUUUUAUAGCACGUUUUUAACUAAAAUAUUUAUUUACUACGUAAAACAACGCUGGUUGGUAACAUAAUUAAUAUUUUUUACUAUUUUACUUGAGAUAUUUAAAUAUAAUUAUGUGAUUUUAUCA